GAGGCAAGUGGCUCAGAAUAGAACAGUCAAGGACGGGAACAUGUGGCUGAAUGUCUCCUGACCACAUCAACACUGCACUGCACCAUGUGCCUGCAGCUUUCACAGCAAACACACUGCAUGUGAUGUUGAAACGAACAUGUCCUUAGUGGGCUCAAGUGGAACUAUGGGUCAGUCAGAGUGAGCCACCACAGCCAGAUAAAUGCAAACUUGUAUUUCUUCACUGUAUAGAAUUUUGGAAUUCUGUGCAUUUUGAGCACCUCCUGACUUCCUUGCACCACUAAAGCGAUUAGUUGCUCCAUUCAGUCAAUCACCACUGUACAACAGAAGAAGUAACUGACUUGACCAAGCUAUGUACCAACGCUUCUCUAGUAUGCUCUUUGGAAUGAUUGACCAUGCUGAAAAUAACAGCCAGGAACCUGAGCUUUGUGAGAAGGAAGAUGACGAAUGGAUUCUGGUCAAUUAUAUAGAUGCUUGCACUGAAUUGUCUAGAGAAGAAUUGGAUGGCAUAGACAGAGAAGGCUCUCCAGAAUCAGCUAUUUUCUCCUCUUCAACCUCUUCUCUUGAGUUGCUCGGCAAUUGCAGUGACCCUUGCUUUCUUCAGCUUGACUCCUGUACUUUGGAGGAGAGCUGGUUCAUUACCCCUCCCCCCUGUUUCACUGCAGGUGGCCAUGCCCCAGUGCAGGUGGAGACCAGUCCAAUGGAAAAUCUUCUUAUUGAACACCCCAGCAUGUCUGUAUAUACUGUGCACAAUGUCCGAAGCAAUAUGAGAGAGAACAGCAGGUCUGUUGAAUAUGAGAAAGAAACUAUCAGAACUGAAACCCCUAGCAGAGCAGGCCACCAUAUUCGCUGCUAUGCAGCUACUCUGGCCACCCACAGCAGUUUCAUAGAACAAGCCAAUCAGGUUCGUCAUGUUCAACGUGGUAAAGAACAUGGUGCAAAACACCUCAUUAACCGCAACAACAUUCGCCGCCAAAACCUUAUUAGAGAGUGCAACUCUCGACAAGCUAAGCACAACGGACACAUUCUACACCAACCUUGCCAGCGCCAGUAUAAUUACUAAUUUUCAUUGCAAUUUCAAUUUUUAAAACAAUGUUUUUGUUGUAAAUACUGUAUGUACAUGUAACUUUUUUAAUAGGAUUUCGUAUUUAACAAAAUUGGAAUCAUUAAUCACUUGGAGUAUUUUAGGGUUUCUAUUCUACUUUCUGGGUGCUUUAAAAUCAGUAUCACCAAAUGCCUUGCUAGAAUAAUAGGAUUUUACUCUUAAAACCUAUGAAUCUCCUUGCAAUCUUCUUCUUACGUAGGGUUAAUUUGUUUGUUAAGAAUUCCAUCACCAAAUGAAAAUCCAUUUUGUCUGUGCAAAGUAUUUGUAUUUUUGCGUGCACAUGUGCAAGGUGUUGCUAUAUUAUUAAACAUGAAGGCUGUCAACGUAAUCGGUAACAAAUGUUGCCUGGGAGAUGGGGUGAUUCUUUCAGAUGUGAUUUGUUAUGUGAAGUGAAAUUUAUCUUAUUUCACAACACAGAUUCUCAGGGACAGUGCGUUCUAUUUUUUUUCUAAAUAUCUAUGUGACAGCAAGGAAGUCUUAUGUAAAUGCAUACAUAAUUUUUUUAAGAAACAGACAUUUAAUGGAUUGAUGGCAUUAACAUUGCUCCACGGUGUUUAUAACUAAUCAAAGAUUUUGGGGCUACAUACAUGAUUUCCCUCUUGGUGGCAGUUUGAAUAUAUUUAAAAAUGUUAUACUUCUACGUUACCCAUGUUUUCCCCCGAAUAAAUUUGCUGCAGCUUUGACAUGUUUUGCUGAUGAAUGAUACCUUAGUGCUUCUGUACUUAAUUUAAGGACCUUCCCCUAACUAUACUCUGGCUUUCAUAUUUUACAGAAUAAUGGACCUGCCUUGGUUAUAAAGUCUUUCCAUUUUAUUAUAUAGUUCUGUCCCAUUUUCUAAAGCCUUUCCUGCAUUUUGUUUUGGAGAAAUGUGAUGUUUUGAGUAAGUGUGGCUUCUGGUAGCUGCAGAGGCAUCGUUUUCCCAAUUUGGGUAUUUUCCUUAAGCUCAUUUUUAAUACUGCAGAGCAUAUCAAGUAAUAAACAAAUGUCUGCCCAUUAUUCCAUUUUUAGGAAAGCUUUUAUAUAACAAGAUUUACUCUGGAUAAGCACCUUAAAGAAAUAGAUUGGAAAAUUAAAAUAAAUAACCACUCUAGUUAAUUAACUUUUAAGGUUUUGCAUGCAAUAAUAAACAAGAAAAUCUAACAAAAUUUUUAAUUGAUUAGCAAAUUAUCCAACCAUGGCUCAGGAUUUGUUUUUAAAGUUGCAAUUACUUUCAUACAUCACUGUUUUCAGCACAGAUAGAGGGAACUUUUAAAACCAUGCUGUCCAGCAAAUAUUAUAAAAGGCCUCAAUAAUGCCUCUUGGGUUGUCCAAAAAACUGAAGUCCACCAUUUGAGAGUGCUUUGUAAAAUGCAUAAACAUCAACACUGGUGAAUAAAAGUGAUAAAAUAUCUCCCUUUUGCAAUUAUUUUGGAUAUUAAUCACUGAUAACAUUGUUGUAAACUCUAAUUGGAUAUUUGAUUAAAUGCUUGCAGAUGUUUUAUGCUGUACAGAAAACUCUGUAGUUGGACAUUUCAGGUAAUGUAGCCUAAGCAAACUGUUAACUGUUUUUGAUGUGGUACAGGUUGAUAACAUUUGACUGAUUUAGUUUGUUUUUGUAAAAACGUCUUUAUACAUUGUUUCAUCGGGAGUUAAUUACAUUCAUUGUGAUGAGAUUAAAACAAUAGAGAAAACCUAAAAACAAUUGAACAAAGCUUGUACGUGUUACUUCAAGAAAGUGUAUGUCACAAAUAAUGAUAUUAAGCUGUAGCUUUGGAUUUCUGAAUAUUUGAACAGGGAUUCAUGUUUGGUUUUGUUAUGUAUGUGCCUUCCAGUGUAAAUUCAAUACAUUAGCAAAUUGUUCUGUGUUACACGUGAAGAAGAAAUGAAAGAGCCAGAUGAUGUAAAUAUGACAAACAAUGCAACUAUGCACAGGAAGGAAUUUGUUUGUGGAGUUACUUUGUAUAUUUUAUAUUCAUUUGAACCAGAUAAUUGAUGAGAGAAAGCCUGGAGAUAUUUUAACUCAUUUGGGAUUUUAUGGCCAUUCAACUGACUGGCAUCAUUAUCCAAUUUGCAGAAUAAAUACAGCACUUUGCCAAAUAAGUGUGUCAACUUUAUACACUUGUAGAAUUAGUGAUAUAAUUUUAUUUACUAAUUUAGUACAUACCUAUUUAUUAGUGAAUCCAAAAUGUUAACUAGUGCAGUUUGCACUGUGAAAUUGUGUUUUUUUUUUAAUAAAAAGAAUAUUUUCUUGUUACCUCUCUAUCCACCUAACCAGAAUAUGUUCUUUUUUAAG